GUUUCUUGUCUAUUAUGAAUGUGACGACAUCCAUCUUAUUUGGUAGUAAGUGAUUAACAAACACAAACUUUUUACUUUCUUCUUUCUGUUCUGCAGUCUAUUUCAUCUAGAUUAUUCGUUUUUGAGCUGGUAUUGUCUCACUUAUAUUUGCUUGUACCUAAAACAAUGCUACCCCAAACUCGCCACGGGCUGUCCACAUGGCAGCUAUUAGUUACAGCUCUCUCACUGAGCAAUUCAGGCCUAGCUAUACCCGUAGAGGAUAGCCCACGCCAAUACCUCUUAGCUGGCCUCGACCUUCCGCCGAAGUACAGUAAAAAUUCAAAGCCCCCCUACAGUCCCGGCCACAAAGACCCUUAUGACCACGCCGUCGACGCCAUAGGCGAUAAGCUCGACCCGCUACCUUACCGCAAUGGAUUAGGUGCAUCUGUUCUAGGGCCCUGGAACCGCGAGCGAUCACGCCAAAACCCGGAUCUCGUGCGGCCGCCCAGUACUGAUCAUGGGAACUUGCAGAAUAUGCGAUGGAGUUUUGCUGAUUCUCAUGUGCGCAUUGAGGAGGGGGGAUGGACCCGCCAAACCACUGUUCGGGAAUUAGGUACCAGCGUUGAACUAGCUGCCGUGAACAUGAGACUCGAUCAGGGGGUUAUUCGUGAGUUGCAUUGGCACAAAGAGGCUGAAUGGGCUUAUGUCCUUGACGGCCAAGUUCGUGUCACUGCCAUCGACUACGAGGGUGGAAACUUCAUCGAUGACUUGAAGAAAGGUGACCUUUGGUACUUCCCAAGUGGUGUGCCUCAUUCUCUUCAAGGGCUUGGUGACAAUGGUACCGAAUUUCUGCUGAUUUUUGAUGACGGAAACUUCUCCGAAGAAUCUACUUUUAUUCUGUCGGACUGGCUGGCACAUACACCCAAGUCAGUGAUCGCAAAGAACUUUAACUUGGCGCCCGAAGUAUUCGCACAUCUUCCUGAGAAGGAAAAGUAUAUCUUCCAGGGUGCUAAUCCAGGUUCAAUCGAUGAUGAAAAGCCGACAGGGAAAGGGGUUAAGAAAUCUAAAUACAACUUCGUCCACAGGAUGCUCGAGCAAGAACCCAAAAUUACUAGCGGAGGUGAAGUCCGCAUUACGGAUUCCAAGAACUUUCCUAUCUCUAAGACAGUGGCAGCAGCUCACGUUCUUAUUCAACCCGGCGCUAUACGUGAAAUGCAUUGGCAUCCAAAUGCCGAUGAAUGGAAUUUCUUUCUUAAAGGCCGAGCCCGAAUUACCAUUUUCGCCUCUGAGGGUAGUGCUCGAACCUUUGACUAUGUUCCGGGGGAUGUCGGAAUUGUUCCGAGGAACAUGGGUCACUUUGUCGAAAAUAUCGGAGAUGAGCCGAUAGAAAUGCUCGAGGUUUUCCGUGCGGAUGAGUUCCGAGACUUCUCCCUCUUCCAGUGGAUGGGCGAGACACCGAAGAAAAUGGUUGUCGACCAUCUAUUUAAGGAUGAUCCGGAAAAUGGUGAAAUCUUCUGGAACAAGGUUAAGAAUGCAGAGAAAGAUGAAGUGACUCUUCCUGAUUCUGGAAAUGAAUCAGAGUCAGGUGAACGCGAGUUGUAAAAAGCAAAUCUUGCCCUAAUUUUCAUUACAGGGCAUUUGGGGCUAGUUCUCACGCUGUAUUCAGGACUAGCCCAGCAAGUUUUAGCGAUUGCACUGCAAAUUUCACUACAAAAUUUCCUACGCAUACUAUUUUAUAUCUGUAUAUUAUUUAAUUACCUGAGACUAUGAAGAUUUCUUGAUCGUUUCGAUUUUUACAU